AUGCAACAAAUUUGGUCGGCUACUGGACGACGCAAACGAGCAACUGCUCAAGUUCGAAUUGCUUCCCCAGGAACUGGGGCAAUUCAAAUUAAUCAAGUAGACGCACAAGUUUACUUACAAGGAAAAUAUCCAACAAUCCUUAAACCAUUACAACUUUUCCAAUUAGAGGAAAAGUGUGAUAUUUUCAUUCAAACAACUGGUGGUGGGUUAACUGGACAAGCUGAGGCUAUUCGUCUUGGUUGUGCCCGUGCUCUUUGUUUAAUGGAUACUGCUUACCGUGCUGAAUUAAAGGCACAAGGAUUCCUUACACGUAACGCUCUUAAAAAAGAACGUAAAAAGUAUGGAUUAAAGAAAGCUCGUAAAGCACCACAAUUUUCAAAGCGUUAA